UGAGGCUAAGUAUGAGUUGGUAGGGUUUGAUUCAUUGCCAGAGUACCUUAAAGACAAUGAGUUCAUCCUUGGUUCCUACCGUUCUGAAUGGCCAUGGAAACAAACCAUAGUUAGUCUCUUUUCCAUUCACAAUGAGACCCUUAACAUCUGGACGCAUUUGUUAGGGUUCAUGUUCUUCCUUCCAUGCACUAUCAUCAUUUUUCAAGUGGGUAUUCAAGAGUGUAUAACUACACGUUGGCCACUCUAUGCAUACUUAUUUGGAGUUAUGUUUUGCUUGCUAACAAGCAGUGCAUGCCACCUUCUAUCAUGCCACUCAGAGCACUGUGCAUACACCAUGCUAAGGCUAGACUACACUGGAAUCUCAACCCUAAUUGUUACUUCUUUCUACCCUCUUGUUUACUACACCUUCAUGUGUGACCCUUUUUUCAGAAACCUCUAUAUUGGCUUCAUUACUGUCUUCGGUGUUGCCGCUGUUUUGGCUUCGCUUGUGCCGGUGUUUCAGACACCGGAGUUUAGGUCUGUACGUGCAUUACUCUUCUUCUGCAUGGGUGUAUCAGGGCUUGUGCCUAUCAUACACAAGCUGAUGGUUUUUGGGAAGGAGCCCGUGGCGGUGAUGACGGCAGUGUACGAGCUUGUGAUGGGUAGUUUCUAUGGGCUUGGAGUUGUUGUUUAUGCGGUAAGAGUGCCGGAGAGAUGGAUGCCGGGGAAGUUUGACAUUGUAGGCCAUAGCCAUCAAAUAUUUCAUGUUCUUGUUAUUGCUGGGGCAUAUACACAUUUUCUUGCAAGUUUGAUGUACAUGAAUUGGAGAGAAAUGGAUGGCUGCUUUGUUAUGCCUCUCUCUAAUUAA